AAGAAAGCGAAUCAAUGGCGCACAUGGCAGACCGUCACCAUCCCCGAGUUGAUCAUGCCCUACAUGGACCUAUUAUCCUCCACCUCACAUCUUACGACACCAUACCCCGCAUCGCCAACGUGCAGUUGCAAUAUGCAUAACAAGGAUCUUGAAGUGUUGGCCGUGUACCAAGAUCGCUUGGAACGCAUUACUAUCCGGGUAUGCAGCUGCACCUCUUCUGCUCGCCAACUACUUGCUCGUGGUCUAUUUCCAUGUGCACCUCUUGAACCGUCAGUCGCCUUUGACCUCAAUAUGCUGGAAAUGGUUGCAACACUGUUUCUUUACAUUGCUCCAAAUGUGACCGCAUGGACGGCGACAUUGGAAACACUCUUGGGGGCAAGGGGUCACAAGUUGGAGACACGGCAUUCUUUGCGACGGCGGUUCGGAAAUGCCCUCAAUUGGUAUUCAUACAUGCGGGAUCGGGUGCAAGCGCGUGUCGCGGAAGAAGUUGAAAAGGCUCGGCGUGCAGUU